UUCAUUAUAUUAUUUUUAUACCGCACUUUUAACUUGGUAUUAUACAAAAUGUGAGGAAUAACGAUUUAUAAAGAUGUUCAUUCUUGUACUCGACGUCUCUUUGACUAUUUAAAAUAAAAACGUAUUAAAUUUUAUGAACAAAAUUUAAUUUAAUUUAAUUUCAUAUACCGUUAGAGUAUUGGCUAAUAAGAAUUAAAAUAUAAACAUUUCAAUAUGGAAAAUGAUUUUAGUUACGUAUCGCCUUUUAAUUACCAAAAUGACUGUAAUCAACCAUUUAUUUCUUCUGAUGAAUUCAUAGAAGCUUAUUUAAAUGAGGAUACUACACCAAAUUCUAAAAUUGUCGAUAAGGGUAGAAUUUUAUCAGUUUAUUGGAAAAAUGAUGUUUUAGGAGCUGCUUCAUACGAUAUAGAAUCAUCUGAGAUACAAAUUUUACAUGAAAUCAUGGAGAGCAGCUUGUAUUAUAAAGUUAUAAAGUCAUUAUUUUCUCAAAUUAAACCUCGAUGUGUUAUUGUAAGUUGUUUACAAGAUGAAAUAUUUUUGAAAGUGUUAAAGCAAUUAGCAAAUAAUGAUAAAGUUAAUCUGUAUGCACGAGUUAUAGAUAAUAAUGAGAAUACUACAAUAAAUAAUAUUGUUCAUAUUUUACCUAAUAAAUAUUUUAGUUACAAUUAUAGUAAACAACUUAUAAUGAACAUGCCACUGAAAUCUAUGCCAAUUUCUCUAGAAUCAAAAAAGCGGUAUAUUUCCAGCAUAGUAGAUUUAUCAAAUGAACUAACUGUUAGUGCUUUGGGUGCUUUAUUAUAUUACAUUGAAAUACCUCAUGUAAAAGUCGAAUUGCAAAUAAUCGAUAAUGUUAUAUCAUCACUCAAACCUCUUAAACUUGAAGGUCAUGUUUGGUUAAGUGCUGGUACGUAUGAAUCAUUGCAAAUAUUUACUGCCACUGAAAAACCAUCAACAAGCAUGGGAACAUCUGCUAUGAUUUUAUCAUUAAAAGAAGAACGCAGUGUUUUAAGCGUUCUCAAUAGAUGCUGCAAUCAAGCCUUAAGUUAUAAGUAUUUAAAAAUGAUAUUGGCUCAUCCAACCAACAGUAUUGAUGUGUUAAUAGAGAGACAUGAAGUCAUUGCAUUUUUUUUAAUGCCUCAAAAUGAAGCCAUUGUCUUAUCAAUAAUUAAUUGCAUAAAACGUUGUUAUAGCAUAGCGAAAAUAAUAAAAAAAAUCAGUGGUUGUAAUGAUUCCGUUAAAGAAUGGCAAAAAUUAUCACAAACAGUUGUGAACGCUAUUAAAAUUGGAGAAAUAUGUGGAAAAUACUCAUUAAGUACAAAAAUGUUUAGAAAGAUUAAAGAAGCUUUAACAACUAAUUUAUACGAUAUGUCUAAUACAAUGACUAAUUUAAUUGACUUUGAAUCGUCAAAGAAAUUUGGAAGGAUUGUAAUUAAUUCUGGUUGGAUUCCUAGUCUAGACGAAAAAAAAUUAAAAAUGAGGAACGUCUCUACAACUUUUGAAGAGAUUUGCAUAGAAGAAUUACAGAAUUUACCUGUAUAUAUCCAAAGUUGUUUUAUCACCAAAAACCCAAAUUUUGGUUUUCUCUUAGCUAUACCUCUUUGGAAGACAAUAGAAAAAAAGUUAAAUGGUCAAUAUGAGAAUAGUUGCUUUGAUAUACCAGGAUUAAAUUUUAAAUAUAUCGAUGAAAAUAAUAUAGUAUUCUACAAAACGACACGGUGUACAAACUUGGACGAAUUUGUUGAGAAAAUGGAAUUGAGUAUUCUUUAUGAUGAAGUCAAUGUUAUGAUAAAAUUAAUAGAUAUUAUAUUACAAACUUGGAUUAGUGAUUUACAUGAUAUGUUGGCUUUGAUAUCAGAACUUGAUUGUCUUCUAGGUUUUGCAUCGGCAGCUCGUGAAUUAAAAUUAACAAAACCAAUUAUUUUACCAAAAGAUGAAUGUUUUAUUAAUAUUAUUAAAGGAAGGCACUUUUUACAAGAAAUAUAUGUAAAUGAAAUUAUACCAAACAGUUACUUUUCAUCCCAAUCUAGUGCUCCAAUAAAAAUUCUUAAUGGAUUCAACGCCAGUGGUAAAAGUGUUUACUUAAAACAGGUUGCUUUAAUAGCUUACUUAAGCCAUAUUGGUAGUUAUGUAUCAGCUGAAAUGGUUACAAUUAGUGUAUUGGAUCACAUCUUUACAAGAAUUCAAUCAAAUGAAUCAAUUAGUACAUUAAUGUCAGCUUUUAUGAUUGAUCUUAAACAAAUGUCAGUAGCAUUAAAUGAAUCAACUUGUAAGUCUUUGGUUGUACUUGAUGAAUUUGGCAAAGGUACAUCUGACACAAAUGGACUUUCAAUACUAUUAGCUUGUGUUGUUUAUUUUGUUAAAAAACCAUUAUGUCUAUUGCCUCAUAUUAUUAUUUCUACUCAUUUCUACAUGUUGCCAAUAAUGUUGCCUCAAUUAAUACAAGAAGCUGAAAUUCUGAACAAGAUAAAAUAUUUUACAAUGAAUAGUACCAUAGUAAAUGAUAAAAUUGAGUACUCGUAUAAGAUAGAGGAAAACUUAGUCAACGAAUAUCAUACAACUAGUAUGGCGCAUAAAGUAGCUGUUUUCAAUGGGUUACCCAAUGGCAUAAUUAACCGGGCUUCUCGAAUACUUCAGAAUAAUGGAAGUAAUAAUAUUAUUCCACCUAUGAGUGAAAACUCUAGAUAUCAAUUAAUAUUAAAAAGGAAAAAAUUUAUUCAGGAUUUACUAACAACAAAUGAGAGUAUUCCUGAUAUUUUUAACAGUAUAUUAGACAGUUUAGAAGAUAUAAGAUACCCAUGAUAAAUAAAAAUUGACGUAUAUA